AUGCUAGAACUUAAGGAUGAUAUGAACGACAUAGUUGUUAGUGAGGAUGAAAUAGAAAGAAAAAUUGAGGAAGAAGUAGUAGGCGAAGAGCCAAGCUCCAAACAGCCUGUAAAAAGAGAUGAAAAGCAUGAUGAGAAAGCAGGCAAUACAAAAGAUGCUGCUCCAACUCUAAUUCCAAUGCCAAGACCUCCUCCUCCUUUUCCGCAAAGAUUGAAGAAAAAGGCCGAAGAUGGAAAGUUCCUUAAGUUUAUUUCCAUGUUAAAACAACUUUCGGUGAAUGCUCUCUUGUUAGAGUCACUAGAACAAAUGUCGGGUUAUGCCAAGUUUAUGAAGGAUCUUGUCACAAAAAAGAGAACGAUAAGCUUUGAACCGACCGAUAACUUACAUCAUUGUAGUGCAAUCGCCACUCGCUCAUUUUUGCAAAAGAAAGAAGACCCAGAUGCAUUCACCAUACCAUGUACUAUUGGGGUAUUCAACUUGGCAAAAGCGUUGUGCGACUUGGAUUAUACUGUGAAGAAGCCCGUAGGCAUCAUUUAUGAUAUUUCAGUGAAGGUUGAAUCAUUCAUAUUCCCUGCUGACUUCGUCAUUCUUAAAUACGAAGUAGACUUUGAUGUUCCUAUCAUUCUAGGUACACCAUUCUUGGCAACCGAACUUGCUUUGGUAGACAUGGAAACUGACCAACUAAAGUUUUGA